CCAGCAACCAACAUUGAAUAGCAUUGAAUUAUGGCCACCUCAAAGACAGUCACCCUAUCGAAGGAGAGCCAGGAGGGCCUUCACGCUGCAAUUCUCGCUUAUCUCGUCGAGAAAGGCUUCACUCGAUCCGUCAAAGCGUUCAGCAAGGAAGCCACUGCGAGCUCAGGAGGACAUGCUCAAUCGCUCAUGAAAGCGUGGGAGAACGUCAACAAUAAUGAUGCACAGCGACAGCGACGCCGAGGACAGCUCGGAUGAGGAUUCCGAUGCUGAUUCUGAGUCGUCCGAUUCAUCGGAGGAAGAGGAAGUAGUGGCGAAGCCGGGAAUAGGUGCAAAGGCCGUUCCUGUCAAACCAGCAGCUUCGAUCAAGAAACUCGAUGAAGAGUCUGAAUCGUCCGACUCAGGAUCAGACUCUGGCUCUGAGUCCGAUG